CCCGAUCUCCCCAACGGUCGAUAGAGGCGUUUCCGUCUCACCCCGCUCCCACCCAUUUCCCAUUUCAAAAUCGCAGAGCCACAUCACACCAGCAAGAGCACAGAAUUCCCAAUUCCCCAUCCUUCUCCCACGGUUUCUUACUCGAUCCGGCUCCAAACCCUCGCCGGCGACGGCCGCGCGCGCCAGCCAACCCGCAAAUCGUUGCCCCGUCAGUACCAUGCGACGAGACGACGCCGGCGGCGGCGGCGGGUUCCACGACCUGUUCGACUCCGUGCGCCGCUCCAUCUCCUUCCGCCCGGGCGCGGCCCUCGACGACCCCGCCUCCUCUUCCGCCCCCGGCGGCCCCGGCGGGGGGUUCAGGGAGCGGAUCAGCACUCGCCUCCGCAAGUCCCGCGGGAUGGGGCUGCUCGGGAUGGUCUCCAAGAGCCCCUCGCCCCCGCGCCGCCGCCUCCCACCACCCCCGUCGCAGUCUCUCUCGCCGCCGCCAUCCGCGUCUCCCGCCCCCGACGGCGGGAAAGGGUUAGGGGGAGAGGAGAACCCGCCGAUCCGGUGGCGGAAGGGCGAUCUCAUAGGUAGCGGCGCGUUCGGACAGGUCUACCUCGGCAUGGACCUAGACUCCGGCGAGCUGCUCGCCGUCAAGCAGGUUUUGAUUGGAACCAGCAUUGCGACGAGGGAUAAGGCCCAAGCUAAUAUAAGGGAACUUGAGGACGAAGUGAAGCUACUCAAGAACCUCUCGCACCCCAACAUUGUUCGAUAUAUCGGGACGGUGCGGGAGGAAGACUCGCUGAAUAUCCUGCUGGAGUUUGUGCCAGGAGGGUCGAUCCAGUCGCUGCUCGGGAGGCUUGGAGCAUUUCCUGAGGCUGUUAUCAGAAAGUACACAAAGCAGAUUUUGCAUGGGCUAGAGUAUUUGCAUAGUAAUGGAAUCAUACACAGGGAUAUAAAGGGAGCAAAUAUACUCGUUGACAACAAAGGAUGCAUCAAAUUAGCUGAUUUUGGAGCAUCGAAGCAGGUUGAGAAGUUGGCAACUGCUGCAAAGACAAUGAAAGGGACACCGUAUUGGAUGGCCCCAGAAGUAAUUGUAGGGAGUGGGCAUGACUUUUCAGCAGAUAUAUGGAGUGUUGGAUGCACUGUAAUUGAAAUGGUGACCGGUAAAACUCCAUGGAAUCAGGAAAUUCAGGAGGUUUCUCUUCUGUAUUAUGUUGGGACGACGAAGUCACACCCACCAAUACCAGAUCAUCUUUCUCCAGAAGCCAAGGAUUUUCUGUUGAAAUGCUUGCAAAAGGAACCAGAAUUGAGAUCUGCUGCAUCUGACUUGUUGCAGCAUCCGUUUGUUAUAGGAGGAUUGGAGGAUCAUUGUCAGCUCAAUCAUGCUGUGUCAAAGGAAACCUCCGUCAACAAACUUUGUACAAACGAUAUGCCGACAUUUGCCUUGGGCCUGAGUCAUUCUACCAACAUUUCCACCAUGAACUCUUACAAGUCAUCAGACACCGUAUCAUUAUGGGAUCGACAGUGUGGUGAUGACAUGUGUCAGCUUGGCGACAAGGAUGACUUCGUGAUGAUUGAAUCAAGCUUCAAUCCUAUUUCUGAACCAUUUGAUGGUUGGGAAGGCCGAGAACAAAGAUCUAGUCAAUCAAGGGACUUUAACGGAUUAGCCAAUCAUGCAGAAAGUAACAUUUCUGAAAAUGAUUUCACUUUCCCUUGUGAGGGAAUCUCUGAAGAGGACGAUGAAGUUACAGAAUCAAAAAUAAAAGAUUUUCUGGAUGAAAAGGCAAUAGAUAUGAAGAAACUGCAGUCACCUUUAUAUGAGUUCUACAACACGGUGAAUGCAGGAUUUUCUGAAGGUGUUAGUGAUGUUUCCAGAGCAAACAUCAUAAAUGCUACCCAAUUGUUGCCCCCUCUAGGAAGGUCACCUCCAAUUAAGAUGGAAGGAGGUGCAGCAGUAAAACCAGUUUGUGAUAAUCUGUAUAAUGCCAGUCCCAAGAGUUGCACAAGGAGUUUCUCAAGAAGCAGCAUGAUGGGAAGUGGUCGAAUUUUGAGAGAAAUAGCUUCUCCCCAACUCAAUAAGGUUGAGGACAAGGUCCAUGAUAAUAUUCAAGACAACCCGAGCAUUAGCUCUGAAAGACAGAGGAAAUGGAAAGAAGAGUUAGAUCAGGAGCUUGAGAUAAAUAGAGUGAUGAGGUCAGGUGGCUAUGGUAAAGCGCCAUCUCCAAAGAGCCGAGGCAUGACCAGAAAACGGGAUCGCAGCCCUGUCUAUUGACGAGAUAUUGAGGAUGUCAUCCAGCAGGACUAAUGGACUAACUAACGGCAGUGUCAUCCAUUGGUGACCAUACCGAUACAGUGCACAGCUUCGCCAUUUGUGUGCUCUUAUGAAAUUUUCGGAGCUGCUAAACCCCUUUGGUGCUUCUUCACAAGUUUGAGUCACUUCAAACUUCUGAGCGAACUGCGGAAUGGCUGUCGGUCCUCUAUACUACCUAGACGAGAACAGGGAGGCAGCAGUUUUCUGCGGUGUCCAGUUAUAUGUAUGUGAUUCAACACUGCGAUUUUGGAGGCAUAGUGUGACAUGGUUUAUGUUGAGAACGAACUGUUGUAGUAC